AUGGCAGGCCGCACCGUCAUCGUGGCGUCCAAGAACCCCCUCAAGGCGCUGGCGACCGAGGACGGCUUCAACAAGAUGUUCCCCGACGGCCGCUUCACCUUUGAGGCCGUCAGCACCGAGUCUGGCGUCGCGGUCCAGCCCCUCUCCGACGAGGAGACGCUGCGGGGGGCCGUCAACCGGGCCCGCAACGCGCGCGCGCUCGCGCCGGCGGCGGAGUACUGGGUCGGGCUCGAGGGCGGCGUGCAGCACGCGGUCGACGGCGGCGAGGAGGUGCUGGCGUUUGCGUGGAUCGCGGUGCUGCACCGCGACGGCAGCCUGGGCCGCGCGCGCACGGCGACGUUUUUCCUGCCGCGCGAGACGACGCGGCUGCUGCGCGACGGCCUCGAGCUCGGCGACGCAGACAACGUCCUCCACGGCCGGACAAACUCCAAGCACGAGACGGGCACCGUCGGCAUCCUGACGGGCGACGUCGUCACGCGCCGCAGCUACUACGCCGAGGCCGUGGUCCUGGCGCUCAUCCCGUUCAAGAACAAGCAGUUGACGUUUGGAACGGAGCAGCGGCCGCGGGAAGUGCCUGCUUGA